AUGGCCUCCAACCUUGAAGCAAAAACUAAUGGAAUCUCACCUAACAAUUUUGAUAUUGAGAUCCCUAUCCAUGCAAAUAAAGAAAGUGUUGAAAACGAGAGUAACAUUAAUUACUUUCAAAGGGCACAGUGGCUUAGAGCAGCCAUGUUAGGAGCCAAUGAUGGAUUAAUCACUGUUGCCUCAAUGAUGAUUGGUAUUGGAGCAAUAAAAGAAGACAUCAGUGUUAUGAUCCUUACUGGUUUUGCCGGUUUAGUAGCCGGUGCUUGUAGCAUGGGUAUUGGUGAGUUUGUCUCUGUGUAUACUCAAUACGACAUAGAGAUAGCUCAAAUGAAAAGAGAAAGAGAAGCUAAUAAUAAUAGUAAUAAUGGAGUAGUUGAUGAAGAAAGUACUGAAAGCGAGAAAUUGCCGAAUCCAUUUCAAGCUGCAUUGGCAUCGGCACUGGCAUUUUCUGUUGGUGCUGUUAUGCCAUUGCUAGCAGCUUCAUUUAUAGAGAAUCAUAAGAUGAGGAUGGGUGUUGUUGGUGCAGUUGUUAGCAUGGCAUUGUUGGUGUUUGGAGGAAUUGGAGCAUUGGUUGGAAAAACUCCAGUGAUGAGGUCUUGUGUUAGGGUUCUUAUUGGUGGUUGGAUGGCUAUGGCUAUUACUUUUGGUUUCACCAAACUGAUUGGCACUACUGGACUUUGA